UCUGACAUUAUUGUGGUGGUGUCUCCUGAAAAUAUUGAAACAAUGAAGUCUAUCAUUGAGAAAUAUGGCCACAAAAGAGUUAUGAUAGUUAAAGGUGGAAUAACUCGUCACCGUUCAAUUUUCAAUGGACUGAAAGUAUUUGUAGAGAAUGAAUUUUCCAACCACCUGCUCCAGAAACCAGAAGUGGUGAUUAUCCAUGAUGCUGUGAGGCCAUUUGUUGAAGAAGAUAUUCUUUCAAAAGUAGUUAUGGCUGCUAAAGAACAUGGGGCAGCAGGAGCAAUUCGUCCUCUGGUUUCUACUGUUAUUGCCUCUGCUGCAGAUGGCUGUUUAGACCACUCAUUGGAACGUGCCAGGUACAGAGCAAGUGAAAUGCCUCAGGCUUUCUUGUUUGAUAUAAUCUACGAAGCAUACCAACAGUGUACAGACUAUGACCUGGAUUAUGGAACUGAAUGUUUGCAUCUGGCUCUGAAAUACUGUAAAACAAAUGCCAAACUUGUUGAAGGAACAGCUGACCUCUGGAAGGUGACCUACAAGCGGGAUCUGUAUGCAGCUGAAUCGAUUAUUAAGGACAACCUAUCACAACAAGUUUGUGUUAUUACCAAUGUGAGGGAUGCAGUUGCACAAGUAGGUUUUCUCCUUCACGAGUCUCUGAAAAGCCAAAUAAAAGUUGAAGCUAUAUCAGUAUAUCUAAGCAAAACCGAUAGCCAUCUACAAAACAUCCUUUCAGGACAGUGCUACAAUUUUAUUUGCGUAAAUGACAAAAAGUGUGCCAUUCAAGAGACCCAGCAACUAGUGGAUAAGUUGGAAAAAUCAAAUAUUCCUCUUUUAUAUCCAGUUGUCCUUAUUUUGGUGCACUUGGAUAUUUCAGAAAAUAUUUCUUUCAGCAUUGGGAUGGAAGAACUAACUAGGAUCAAGAAAUUUGCAAGGGAAGUGAAAAAGAAAAAUAUUUUGGUUUAUGGUCUGCUUAUCCAAUAUAAGGACCAUUUGCUGCUUCAGGAGACAGUAAAUUCUGCUGCUGCCCUUAUCAUGGCAGUAAUAAAGGACAGAAACCCGGAGCUGACUGGGCAACUGUUGGUAGCAUAA